ACGUGACCCGUCGCUAGCUCUCCUCGACUAGCUCCUCUAACCCGUUGGGACAGCCCCGCUGGUCUUUCGGCUCGGGCCGCUCUGCCUUCCCCUAUCGGGGCUUUCGUUCUGCGUGAAGACGCGUUUCCAACCUCCACUUUAAACAACCAUUUUUGCCGAGCAUCGCCGCUAGGUCAUGCAAAAGUAGAUAAGCAUAAGGGUGUAAGUUGUCCUGUGACUGUCCUUGCCUAUCGUAGCUAGUUUCGCAUGUCGUCAUCACAUUCUUAAUUUGUCACUUGUAAGAAUCACAAACGAAAAAAAACAGUCACUGCUGAUACACGUGAUCUUGCUCCUGCAUCCCGCUGGUUUGCGCUGCUCUGAGGCGCAGCGAGAGCUGAGAGCUGAGAGCCCCGAGCCUUACGUAGGUUGUAUGGUUCUAGCCGUGCCCUGCUCAGCCUCUACGAAUACGCGCAGUCUAUUUCGAUUGCAGUCCAUCGCCAUUGUCCACUGGCCAUUCAAGGCAUGUCUGGCUCAUCUACGCCGAAGCGGCAUCUGAGCGAGUUUGCUGAUGUCCAAUACGCUCUCGGCGCGAAAAGGAAUAGGCACAAUGCGUAUUCAUCGCCAUCAGAAGGACUCCUGCCGUUACCAAGGUCGCCGUAUACAAACGCAUCGAUUGCCAGCACUCAAGAAUUGAAUGAGCCACAAGAGCGCAGCCGCAUCAACAACGCAGAAUUAAAUGUCACCAGUGAGAGUCAAUCGACUGCCCGAGAAGCGCAUGCAUCGCAAGAGCAGAUUUGUUUUGGAAUGUUAAAAGGCAUAGAGAUACAGCUCGGUUUCAUGUCGCAAGCUUUCCCAGCAGCUCUGGAGACCGUCCAGUCGGGUGACGACAUUUUUGCAUGUUUAGAACUCGUUUUUAACUACAGCCGAUGCGAUAUUCAGACCAAAGAUGGCACUCAUGUGGCGACGAUAAACACAAAAUUUCACGUGAGCAUCAGGCGUGCUUGUUUCACUGACGAUGUCGAGUAUAAGGCAUUGGUUCUACUGAGUGACAUAAAGCAGCAAGCAGCAAAUACUACCGCUCAACGAAUCCGUACAAGGGCGCCUCGUCAAUGUUGCCAUACGAACAUCCACAUUUUUGGGAGCCGACAGAUCGCCGCAAAAGUCGGUAGGCAAUUGUCACGAGAACGACUCUUCCUGCAGCAUCCAUCGCCAGUGCUACAUGGAGCCACGUACAAUAACCCCCAAUACCUAACCUUGAUUGGUGGCGCGUUACCCAACGGCGCUCUUCUGCCGUCACUCUCAAACGUAACCUUGACGGAUGAGAGCACAGAUUGUCCAACGCCAGAAACCAAUGGCAAGCCUGCUCCUUUCGAACUCCCUGACCUCAUUUCGGUCAUGAAUGAGCUUCCGGAGCAUGAGUAUCUUGAAAAUGUCGCCAUUGAUGAUCGCAUCAUCACGCCCCUCUAUAGCCACCAACUGGCUGCCGUAGCCUUCAUCACCCAUAGGGAAUCUAGAAGCAUUACGAAGCCCCGGAGUCUGUGGAGCAACGGGAGCUCCGAUUCAGAUAGUCGAAGCUAUCGACAUAAAAUUACGGGCAUACGUGACGAGUUACCAAGAGAUAUACCUGGUGGUAUCCUUGCUGAUGAUAUGGGUCUUGGGAAAACCCUAACUAUGAUCGCUGCUAUUAUGUCGACACUUCCGCAUGCAGAGAGGUUCGCUUCAGAGGUGCCGCGGCAGCGAGACAGCUCUUCAUUCGCUCCCCUGAUCUCUGUGAAAACUACUUUAGUCGUUGUGCCCAGUGCCUUGUUGUUGGAUGGGUGGCUGGAAGAAAUCAACAAGAGAGUUUUAAGUGGCAGUCUGCAAGUCUAUAAGUACUACAGCCUAAACAGAAGGCUGCCUAUAUCUUCCACCUUCCCCUAUCACAUUAUUCUAACAACAUACCAAGUGCUGGCAGCUGAACACGCUCGCGGAGGGGGUGCGCUGCGCCAAUUUCACUGGUAUAGAAUAAUCCUCGAUGAAGCACAUUCGAUCCGAAACUCGACUACAAAGAUGUUCAAGGCUAUAACGGCGUUGUCAGCGAACAUUCGCUGGUGUAUUAGUGGAACGCCAGUGCAAAACUCGUUACUGGACCUUUUGUCGCUUGUCAAGUUUCUUCAACUACCGCUGUUGAGCGACUCCUUCACGUUUCACAAACACAUAUCAGGCUCGCCUAUUAAAGGCACGAAAUUCCGGAGUCCCAAUUACGAUAACCUGCGGAUGCUGCUGGGGUCUAUCUGCUUACGGCGCAGUAUCUCUACUAUAAUCGCAGCAGAAGAGAUUUCCUAUGUCACACACCGGCCGCGCCUGUCUUCUAUAGAGCAGCAGUACUAUGAUAAGAUCGCCAUUGUCUGCCAAGAGUUGACACUGGCAGCCAUUAACAGUCCACGGCGAAAACACAGGGUUCAAUCCCUCUUCACAGCCAUCCUGAUGCUACGAAUAUUUUGCAACACUGGGCUAACUUCCACGUUAACCCUCGAGAACCUCGCCAAACAAUGCCUUCCCGAUGAAUCUCUCAGCUUACAGUUGCUGACAGGAGUGGCCGUCUGCAUGGAGUGCAAAGGCGAGAUGUCCUCGCAACGUACAACAUACACAGCCGAGAAGGACCAUAUUUUGCAUCGCUUCUUGUGUCACAGAUGUUUGCCACGAACCGUAGCGCCUAGCCCUGACGGCACCCCUCAUGGAGCGCAAUCAACUGAAAGUAACCAAGAUGGCGGCCCUAUUCAGGAAGCAGAGCAUACAAUGGAGCUAGAUACCUCCCAAAACAGCUUUCCCUAUCAACAUGGCAGCCCAUAUCCAUCCAAACUGUUAGUGUUACUCGGCGAUAUUAAGAAAUAUUAUCAGCAAGAUAAAAGUAUUGUCUUUUCAUUUUGGAAGCGAAGCCUCCACCUCGUAGGGCGUCUGUUUCAAGAAGAAGACGUGUCUUAUUCCCUCAUCGAUGGCGAUGUUGAAACAACGCGAAGAAAGAAAAUACUCGAGCAGUUUCACGCCGAUCCCUCUGUGCGCGUGCUGCUAAUUACCCUGGGAACAGGCGCUGUAGGCCUUAACAACCUAACGGUAGCCAGUCGGAUACACAUUCUCGAGCCGCAGUGGAAUCCAGCCGCAGAGAGCCAGGCAAUUGGCCGCGUGGUCCGGAUUGGCCAAAAGGUUCGAGUCAGCGUCAUCCGAUACGUAGUGCAUGAUUCUAUAGAAGUUGCUGUGGAAUCGCGGCAACUGAAGAAGGCGAUGCUAGCUGUAAAUGGUGGCCUGCAGUCAUCACGGCAAGAUGUUACCGCGAAUGAGAUAAGAGCGGGUGGAUUAGCACAGCUGAUGGAAAUUUUCAAAUCGACAACAUCGACAGUAAAUAAAUCCUAGAUAACACUGUAUAUAGAGAGAUGCUGGCACGGCACCAUGAUACAAUUCGACUUGAUGCGACGACGAUAUCCUAUUUAGAGUCAUAUUGCUGCUAUAAUAGGUAUGGUUCUAUAUGAUAAAUAGCCUUGUAAUUAUUGGAGAACUUUGAGGUAUGUAUUUAUUGGAUAGAGAGCUACAUAGAAGUUUUGUAAUCUAUGGGGUUGAUCCGCGUCCAAGCGAGCCGGCGGCGUUCAAAUGGAGUCUGGGCGUAGCCUGGAACCUCAACAGGAAUAAACAAAUUUAAAAUAAAAUAUAAUAUUUGAUGCAAGA